AUGGCGGCCGUGGCCGCGGCCUCAGCACACCAAGCGUGGGGAGAGGGCGAGGGCAGCGCCUCCAUUGCCGAUCUCCUACCAGGCAUUGAGCAGGCUAUUGGAGGGCGCCGGGAUUGUGACUUGCGACGAGCAGGGAUUCUUUCACGAGGUGAAAGGAUUGGGGCUCGUCUCCAAGGUCUUACAAUGUUCGUGAGCUUCUCAAGAGCAAUGCGAGCUCCAUCGCUCCUCCGACUCGGAACUGAUCCUCCACCUGGCGAGGAGGCGCCGCUGCUGGGAAAGAUCUGCUUGGCUUGCGAGCAGCUAGACGGAGCUUUCAGCUUGAUCUUCAUGACUUCGGAGAUGGUGGUGGCGGUGAGGGAUCCUCGCGGCUUUCAGCCGCUGGUGCACGGUGGUUUUCGCGUCGGAGACUUGCGCCUUCAAUCUUAUCCACGCCAGGUACGAGAGGGAAGUCGAGCCGGGGGAAGUUUUGGUGGCGACCAAGUCGGAGAAUGGCCGCGGCAGCGUGAACGUAGAACAUUUCCACGAGCUCGAGAAGGCCGAGUCUCUGAAGCUGUGCUUGUUCGAGCUCUUCUACUUGUCCUGGGCGGAUUCCUUCCUCUUUGGAACCUCACCAGAUACAGGCUUGGCGAGCUUCCAGCCGAGGAUUUCCCAGUGGACUGUGACUUCGCCAUGGCGAUGCCAGAUUCCGGGAUGGUGUCGCUGCUCGGCUACGCGAGCAAGCUCGGGAUUCCAAUCCAGCAGGCGCUCAUCCGGUCGCACGACUCGUCUCGGACUUUCAUCCAGCCGCGAGAAGUUGACCGGAAGCGCAAGGUUUUGAUGAAGCUGGCUCCGGUUCCGGAGAUCCUGGAAGGCAAGAAGGUGGUCGUGGUGGACGACUCCAUCGUUCGCGGGACAACUUCCAGGAUCAUCGUCGAGAUCUUGCGGUCGGCUGGAGCGAGAGAAGUUCACUUGAGGAUCCCGAGUCCUCCGGUGAUCGACAGCUGCUACUACGGAGUUGACACUCCCACAAAGGAGGAGCUGCUGCUGUUUAAGAUGUCGCAAGCCGAGGCUUGCGAGUACAUUGGAGCCGACUCGCUCGAGUUCUUGUCGCUGGAGAGGAUCAAAGCAAAGAUAGGGAAUGGCCGCCAUUUUUGCUAUGUGUGCUUCACUGGGUGUCACAUUGGGUGCUCCAAACGAGCUGUGGAAUUGGCAGUUUGA